AGACAAUUUAAAUGGUGUCACCGGUAGGUGGCAAGAAUGCAAAAAAGGAGGGCUAUCUAUCAUCUGAAACACGAUAUUUCGCUUGAUAAUUGCAGUAUGUCAAUGGAUAUGACAUAGCUGUUCUAAUACCCAAGAAGAUGAGGUUUACAUAUUGUAACCGACUUCAUCUGCGUGAUUUACAGCAUAUUUCGAAGUGGCUAAUCUCAAAAUCAAUUUUGACAGUAACGAAUAGACAAAUUUGCACUUCAGCAUUUAAAUGGACAAAACUGAAUAUGGCCAAUAAACAAACCAAUACAGCGACACAUAUGCAUGCGACACAAAUAUUUGAAUCUGCUGUGUCGGCUGUUUUACCCCAACAUAUGAUAUCAGAACAUGUACAGUUUGAAGCAGACAACAAUAUUUUAACAGUAGAUGACAGAGAAUAUAAAGUUAAUAAAAAUGUUUAUGUUGUUGGUUUUGGUAAGGCUGUGUGUGGUAUGGCUAGAGCUGUUGACAAUAUUUUAAGAAAUCAUAUUCAGGCUGGUAUCAUCAGUGUUCCUGUCGGAAGCGUGGCAUCUUUUAAGAAAGCUGGGAAAAGUGAGAUGAUAUUAACCAACGAUACAAAGAUAAAUGUAUUAGAAGGUGCUAAAAACAAUCUGCCAGAUGAUAAUUCGCAUCAAUCUGCUAAAGCUAUCCACCAGUUAGUAUCGUCUUUAACAGCCAAAGAUAUAUUACUUGUCUUAAUAUCAGGUGGUGGUUCUGCACUCCUCCCAUCUCCUUCUUCUCCAAUCAGUCUUGAGGAUGAAAUGAAACUAACACAAAUAUUAUCUAGACGGGCAGUCACAAUUCAACAACUCAACCUGGUUCGUAAAAAUAUAGAAGUCCUGAAAGGUGGUGGAUUAGCCAUUGAAGCUCAUCCAGCGAAGGUUAUUUCAUUGAUUUUAUCAGAUGUUAUUGGUGAUCCAUUAGAUACUAUUGCUAGUGGUCCAACAGUUCCUGAUCCCUCCACACCCAAACAAUGUAUUGAUCUUUUUGAAGAACUUAAAGUACUGGAUGAUGUUCCAUCUUCUAUUAUAGAACAUCUUCAGGCUCAAGUAAAUAGUCGAGAGCAACAAGCAUCAGAGCAACAUGAUUGGUCACAUGUUCAGAAUGUGAUCGUGGGCAGUAACACAAAAGCUGCUCUGAGAGCUGCUAAAGAAGCCACUGCCUUAGGUUAUAUUUGUUAUAUAUUGUCCACAACUCUUGACGGAGAAGCUAAAGAAAUUGGUUCCCUUUUCGUACAAUUGACAGAGUACAUCUGCUUGGUAUACAAGAGUAAACACUAUGGUGAAAGAAUUCCUGCUCUGGUGCAAUUAGAAUUUGAGAUAAUCAAAAAAGGAAUAGAGAAAUCCAGUAUUAAUGAAUUAAUCACAGCAAUAGAAAUGUCUAGAAAUUCAGGGAAAGGGUUAUGUGUAAUAUCUGGAGGAGAAACUACUGUAGAAAUCAAGGGUUCUGGAAAAGGGGGCAGAAAUCAGGAAAUGGUUUUAUCAUCUGCUAUAGGUUAUGGUAAAUCACUCAGUAGUAAUAGAAACCUGGAACAUUUUAAUGUACAUUUUCUUAGUGCAGGUACAGAUGGACAAGAUGGUCCAACUGAAGCAGCAGGUGCAGUAAUUUCAGCCGAGUUUAUAAAACAAGUUCAAGAUAAAGAUUUAGAUUUGCAAGAGUAUCUGGAUAAUAACGAUUCUAAUACAUUAUUUUCAAUGUUUACAAAUGCUCUUGUUGAAACGGGCUUUACAGGAACUAAUGUUAUGGAUUUACAAAUAUUGUUGGUGAAUUACAACCAGUUAAACAAUCAAUAACUACAUUGAAAACACACCACUGAAUUGACCGGAAGUGAUAGCAAUCAGAAGUGUGUGUGUGUUGACCUCUAGUAGCUACACUAGCCAUUCGAGAACUGACACAUGGUUUUAGUUUAAGAAAUCCAAGAAGACCAUGGCCAAUCUCUAGUAGACACUGUCUGCUUGAAACAACCGUCCAGUCUUAGUAUGGUAGCUUGAUAGCUUCCAUACCUUCAGGUGACGGCUCUUCUUCUCAUGCCCUCUUAGAGUAACACAAUGGUACAAUGGUCAUUGAGUUCUAUCUAUCAAUUCACCAAUGAAAUGAAGACAUGUUUUUAUUGUAAUAUAGCUGAAUGUUGAUUGAAAGCUUGGGGUUAUUUUUCUGAAGCCCACAUUAAUAAGAACACGCCAUUGUUCAACUAGCUAUACUUUUAUUACUAAUGAAUAAGGUAAAUAUUUUAGAACCACUGGACUAAGAUUCGUAAUUAUUUCCCAGAUUUCAAAAUCGAUGAAUGUAGUUUGUCUAUUGAUAGAAAUUCUCUCUUUUUCCCUUUCGCAUGACAAUUUCGGUCUAAAUCGAGAAAGAGUGUUUGAAUUUACAUUUCCUACCAUGUUUUGCUGAAUAUUCAGGAUCUUGCGGCAUAAGGAUAGGGAUGUAAACGGGUAUGAAUUAUUAUAGUCUUUAGAUUCCAUUGAUCUGGCAUAUAAAAUGAGACAAUUUAAAACCUUUCAGUAUUUUUAUCAGAUCAAUGUGAAUUGUUUGGCUCUUUGAAAUGUUCAAAACAAUUAUACAGGCACCAGAAAUGGUAUGGAUUUAACACUGAAGUCAAUGAGGAAGAGAAUUACCAGUCAGAGACCAAUGUAUGAUUACACCAGUUACUGCACUUACAUCAUGUCUGUUGUUAUGAAGAAAUACUUUUAUAAAUGUUGUAGAUAAACCUCAUUGAUGUAGGGCAAAAUGAAGUAUUGAAUUGGGUUGAUCUGUGGUGUGUUAUUUUGGUUAAUGAAAGAUUUUUGUUUUGAAAGAUUAAACUGAAGUCAGUUAUUUUUGUUAUUAAUUUUACUUUCAUUUUUGGCUUACUAUGCCAACAGUGGUACACAAAAUCAGCUAUAUUUGGGUCCCAAACUGGUUUAAUCCUUAUUCAUGCAUUAGGGCACUGGUAAAAAGGAAGAACAGUAUCAAAAUUUUGUCACACAUCAAUUUUUCGCUGCCAUUGAAACCUUGAAAAUGCUCAUAAGACCAACAUUUUCCUGAUGUACUGUGAUAUUCUGGCUUUAACAAAGCUGCCAAUUCAAAAUAUUAUUCUGCUUUGCUGGGCAACAACAGUAUACAGGUAUACUGUGAUUUAAUCAAAAAUAUAUGAAACUUAUUAUUUAAUAUUGGUGGGAAUAAUUGGGAAUAUUAACCAGUAACCACAGUUAUAUUUAUAAUUAAUUUUGAUUUUCUUUUACUAAAUAUAAAUUAAUUUACUAAUGAUUAGUAUUUAACUAUUGUAUGGUGAUAAAUGCAAUAAGACAUGUUUAUUAAUGCAAUAAGACAUGUUUGCUAUGUUUAUUAAAUUGUUAUUUAGAUUAUCUUUUGCAAUAUUAAAAUAAGUUUAUACUGCGUAAUUAUUGUUAUAUGAUUUUAUUUUCCCUUGUUUUAUUAUAUAAAUAUAUAUAAAGAUAGUUAAGUAAUGAAUUAGAAAGAGAUUUCACUGUUAUGGCAUGUUACUUUUAAUUUCAAAUGUGUAUAUUUUCUGCAGGUCAGUCUGUAGGUAGAUGAGUAGCUGAAUGGGUUUGCGCUAUUAUUUAUGGAUUCUAUCUUAAUCUUAUGGCUUUUCUAUGAACACUCCCACUUUUAAAGCCCUGUCAAUCAAUUAUUAACAUAAGAAAUUAUAUCAUAUAGAUAUUUCUAAAGGAUUUCAACAUUAUUGCAGAAGAAAAAGUAUCUUUUCAUUACCUAAAUGAAGGUUUAAUGUCAUACUUUCUGCUCCAAACAAGUGAAGAUGAACCUAUCUGACAAAUGCUGUCUCAUCGACACUUCAUCAAAUUUCCAAUCUGAUUAAAAUACAGAUCUAUAUUUCGUUUUUUUGUUUUUUUUAAUAUACUCUCGAUGGCCUAUCUACAUGAAGGUCUGACCAGUUUUACUGAAAAGUCGCAUCAGGGGUUGUACGAGCAGCUUUUUACCCUAUGAUGUCAGACAUUCAUUAAUCAAUCAGCAUUGACAUUUCUAGUGUUUACCCAUUGUGCCGUGCAUGGCAUGUCAAGAAGUCGCAUGACAGAUGGUUUCAUUGGCUAAUACCUCCCGCCAUCCAGAACGCAUGUUAUAGAACAACUCUUCCAGAUCCUAGUGUAGUACUGACAAAUAAAACAAAAUUUUAAACUAUAAAAAACCAAACGAAAUAGGAUUUGUGUUUUAAUCAGAUUGUCAAAUUUCGACACAACUGGACAAUAGGCAUUGUUCUUUUCCAGGCUCUUAAUCCUGCAAAACUGACAUGGAGAAACUGUGCCUAAAAAUGGUAUUGACUUUCUUCACCAACACUGGGAGUGGGAUCUCCUGGUUAGUGAGUCAUUGCCUUGCUCACUGGGCACCCACAAACUAUUUAAAGAUUUUAUUAGACUACACUGUAGUGCAAAUGUAAAGAACAAAUAUAAGUCAUGGUGGGUGUAUUUUGUGUUCUUGGUAAUCUACUUUUUAAUCUAUUUAUUAUGCUUAUAUUUUUCCAACUUAUUUUUGUAACAUGUAUAUUUUACGAUACCAUCUAUUGUAAUUAUUAACUAUUCCAAUAUUUUAAUAAUUUGUUUAAUAAAUUAAGAAAAAGUUCAA